UUGCUAAAGAUAAGCUUUGCCAGAGUAAAAAGAGCUUGCACUGAGACAUUUGGCCUAUUUGUAUUUGGAAAGUAUACAAGCAAGAAAAGCAAUUAAUUCCAAGCAGAAUGGCCUCAUCAUGAAAAUUAAUACUUGAGAUAUCAUUGCCAAAUAGACCUCAUUACCAAAUUAACCUCACGCAUGGAUAAGAGUUAAGACACUAUCUAGACACAUAUGCCCUCGUUUGACGUGUCGUUCCAUUCAAGAACUUUGUGCUCUUUCUAGCAAGGAACACAUAUAAAUAGUUGAGUUGUAUUUCCAAUUCUAAAUAUUGCUUUGAAGAGAAUAUAUAUCGCAAAAAGAGUGAAAGUAUUAGGUUAAGAUUAAUUUUGAGAUCAGAGAAUAGAGAGCAAUGGCCAGUGGCAAAUGUAUGACUCUACUGAUUUCCUUAGCGUUAGUAGGGAUGCUGACGGUUGACAGAGCUGCUUCACAAAACUAUGGGGAUGCAUUGUCCAAGUGCAUUUUAUUCUUCCAAGGGCAGAGGUCUGGAAAACUACCAUCUAACCAAAGAAUGAAUUGGAGAAAGGACUCUGCUCUUCGUGAUGGCUCUGACGUUGGUAUGGACUUAGUAGGCGGUUAUUACGAUGCCGGUGACAACGUGAAAUUCAAUUUUCCAAUGGCAUUCUCAACCACAAUGCUAGCAUGGAGCGUAAUCGAAUUCGGCCAAUUUAUGGGCCCAGACCUGCAAAAUGCUCUAGACUCCAUUCGUUGGGGUACAGACUACUUGCUUAAGGCCACCAAUUUCCCUGGCAAAGUCACUGCCGCCAUUGGUGAUCCUAAUGCCGAUCAUAAUUGUUGGGAAAGGCCCGAAGACAUGGACACACCAAGAACCAGUUACGUGGUUAAUCAAACCCACCCUGGAUCUGAAGUUGCGGCUGAAACGGCAGCUGCACUUGCAGCUGCUUCCUUGGCAUUCAAAUCCGCUGACAAUAAAUACUCUAUAGCACUCCUCAAAAGAGCAACGCAGGUCUUUGACUUUGCGGAUAAGUUUCGGGGAAACUACAAAGACAGUGUUGGCCAAGGAGUGUGUCCAUUUUAUUGUGAUUACAGUGGUUAUGUGGACGAACUGAUUUGGGGAGCAGCAUGGUUGUUUAAGGUGACAAACGAACAGAAAUACUGGGAUUAUAUUCAAAACAACAUUCCACAACUACCUAAACAAGUUAUAAGGCUUGUAGGUGGCAGUACUCACUUGCAAGCUGGUGAUAGCUUGGCUGAAUUUGGAUGGGAUGCAAAGUUCGCCGGUAUCAAUGUACUUGUUUCCGGGUUGGUAAUGAACUCCACGAAUUCCAAUCCCUAUGUUCCCCAAGCAGGUAACUUUGUUUGCAGUCUGUUGCCAGAAUCACCUUCCAAAUCUGCUACAUACACUCCAGGUGGGCUUUUGUUCAAACGCGAUGGAAGCAACUUGCAACAUGCCACAGCUCUGUCAUUUCUUCUCCUUGUUUACUCUCAAUAUCUGAAAAAAUACAAUGGAGCUGUUCGUUGUGGUAAUGUUAAUGCAAUACCAUCUAGGCUCGAGCAAAUUGCAAAAGGCCAGGUCGAUUAUAUACUGGGAAAGAACCCACUGGGGAUGUCAUACAUGGUGGGAUUUGGGCAGAAGUUUCCUCAAAGAAUACAUCAUCGGGCUGCUUCUUUACCUUCCAUUGGUGAACACCCAGAGCACAUCAAAUGCAAGGAUGGAACCCCUUACUUUCAAACCAAAAAUCCAAAUCCUAACUUGCUUACAGGAGCUAUUGUUGGAGGACCUGAUGCCAAUGAUCAAUUUCCUGAUGACCGGACGAAUGCUCCGCAAUCAGAGCCAACCACCUAUAUUAACGCGCCUUUUGUUGGCGUCCUUGCCUAUUUCAAAGCAUUUCAGAAAGUCUGAGUUAUAUUAUAUG